AUGGUGGUAUCUAAAUACCUGAGAAAGGACCUGGGACUGGAAGGAACAUUCCUCAAUGAAGUGCUCUACAAAAAUGCCACUUUCCUCAACUUGGUGGAUCCCAUCUCCCAUGACUUGUUGAUGAGCCUCGCAAGAGAUCUGCAGUGUCCCAAAAAGGAAUAUGACCCCUGGAAAUCCUCCGACAGGAUCUGCAGGCAGCUGAUUUACCACCUAACCCCCCACUCGAAAUGGUACCGCCACGGCAUGCCCCGGAGGAAGUCCCAAGUGUGCCUGAAGACCAGCCUGCAGAAGAAGGUGAGCCAGGACUCCAUGGAUUUGUCAGGGAUCCCCCUGACCAUGCGUGAUGUCCACCGCAUGGCCUACUACCUGCAGAACAACGGGGACCACCUCACCUCUGUGGACCUGAGCUUCACCGAGCUGAAUGAUGACAUGGUGCGCUUGCUGCUGCCCUUCCUCUGGGCGCUACCCAAGCUCACUCAUCUUUCCCUCAAUGGCAACCGACUGACGCGGGCAACCAUGAAGGAGCUGACUGACACCAUGAAGGACAUGAACAAGUUCCCUUGCCUGGCCUGGGUUGACCUCGGCAACAACGUGGAUGUCUCCUCCAUGCCGCAGCCAUUGCUCGUGGGCCUGCGCAAGCGCCUCAGCCAGCAGACCACGCUGCCUACCAUCUAUGAAGCGCUCGACUGCGACUCCGAGAUCUCCAGCGGGCACGAGGGCAGCCAGCCAGAGGACGAAGCAGCAAAAAGCACCCCGCCACGUGCUUUUUCCCAGCAGGGCUGCGAGAGGUGACUGGACAACAGGCUGGCGCUGGCACACUGAAGCCACCCCAUGGAGAAGUCUUGAGUACAAACAUCAAGCAGAGGGCCAGCUUUACCAGCUUCCUUUGGCUCUUUUCUCUUGCCUUCCCUGACAUCUCCCCC